CGUAGGGUGGUCACAAGCUCAACUGGACGCCGCCGUCUCGCCGAUUCCACCAUCAUGUCGUCGUCGUCGGGAUUGAUCAAGAAGAACUACUUGGCCGAUCAAAAGGCGUUCAUGGCGCACUUCCAUGCGCAGGCACUCCUCUUAUCCGCGUUCAAGUCGACGCUGCUACAGGGUGCGCUUGUAUUCAACGCGUAUGUCGAGUCGCUGGACUUGGACGAUGACGACACCAACUCGGACGACGACGAGCUUCUCGCCAAGCCGGCAAAAGAGGACAAACCGGUCUUUAUCCCGCCCACGCCGUACGAGUUCGCUAUCAAAGUCGAACACACGUUCGUGCGAAUGGUGAGCAAUACGACUGUGCAACGGUCCCUCGAAGUGCUGUCGUUGCAUUUCUUGGACGUUCGCACUGCAGGAAAGCUCAUGAAGGACACGACCAAGUCGGCAGUCCGCAAGUAUGCUCGUUGGAACAGCACAUCCCUUGCGGCAAUCCGCAUCUCCAAGACAGCGUUCCGAGCGUCCAUUCUGUCGAACGCGGCGGUGUUCGUGGUCGAAGAGAUCGUCGAUGCCAUCAAAACCUUCUUCAACCUCGGCUCCAAGAAACCCGAUGACACAAGUGUGUUCCUCACACGGCUUCUCCUUGCUGCCCGCAAGUUCCUCCAAGCAGUGAUCGGCACAACUGUUGGCGGGGCGCUCGGUACGCUCGUGUCUCCUGGCAAGGGUACGUUCGUCGGCGCGUUCGUGGGAGAAUCCAUCGGAUAUUCCUUGUAACAUACCAUGUCAUCCACAUUCGUGCUCUCCUGUCGUGUACAUCAUCCGCUCCAUCAUGCCAUGGAAAACACCGUGCUG